AAAUCACCAAAAACCCUAAUAUCUCUUCUUCUUCUCAUUUCUCUACGUACAGCAGCCGCUAGGCCGAAGUGUGAGUUGAGAAACAAUGGUGUCAGGGUCAGGGAUCUGCGCAAAGAGAGUGGUGGUGGAUGCAAGGCACCACAUGUUGGGUAGGUUAGCAUCCAUCAUAGCAAAAGAGUUGUUGAAUGGGCAAAAAGUUGUUGUUGUAAGGUGUGAAGAGAUAUGUAUCUCUGGUGGUUUAGUUAGGCAAAAGAUGAAGUACAUGAGGUUCUUGCGUAAACGCAUGAACACUAAGCCUUCUCAUGGUCCUAUUCACUUCCGCGCACCUUCUAAGAUCCUUUGGCGCACUAUUCGUGGGAUGAUUCCCCAUAAGACUAAGCGUGGAGAAGCUGCUCUUGCUCGAUUGAAGGUGUAUGAGGGUGUUCCUCCUCCAUAUGAUAAGAUGAAGAGGAUGGUUAUCCCUGAUGCGCUCAAGGUGUUGAGGCUUCAAGCUGGACACAAAUACUGUUUGUUGGGCAGACUUUCUUCUGAGGUUGGAUGGAACCACUAUGAGACCAUCAAGGAACUUGAGAGGAAGAGAAAGGAGAGGGCUCAAGUGGCCUAUGAGAGGAAGAAGCAGUUGACAAAGCUGAGGGUUAAAGCUGAGAAGAUUGCAGAGGAGAAACUCGGUCCUCAGCUAGACGUUAUUGCUCCUAUCAAAUAUUGAUUUUGAAAGAAGGUUGUUUUUGUCAAGUGGAAAAUUUGAGAAUACUGUUGUUGCAGCCAAAUUCUGUUUACUGCAUUAACUAUUUCUGUUUUUGAGUGGAUUAAUUUUGGGUAGUUGUUCUAUUUAAUCUCAUGCUAUAUAGAGUUUUUUUCUUAAAAUGAUUUUUGAUAUUAGCAAUUGUUUUUGAAUGUCAGUUAUUAUUAUUAUUAUUAUUAUUAUUGUUAUUA